AUGUCACCCACUACCCUCCACCAGGGUGCGGCAAAGGGCUUCGCCGACGCCGCCACCUACGACGCCUACCGGCCCUCGUACUCCCCCGAGGCUACCCAGAAGUUCCUCUCGCACCUGCGCCUCGCCGACGUCCCUCAUGCACGCGUCCUGGACCUCGCGGCGGGGACGGGCAAGAUGACGGAAGUGCUGGCGGCGCGGCACGAGGGGUUCGAGAUCGUGGCCGUCGAGCCCCACGAGGGCAUGCGCGCCGAGCUCGAGAAGAAAGGGUUGCCCGGGGUCGAGGUAAAGGACGGCUUUGCGGCGAAGUUGCCGCUAGGAGAGGAGUGGGCCGACGGUGCCAUCGUUGCGCAGGCCUUUCACUGGUUCGCGACACCAGAGGCUCUGAAGGAAAUCCACCGCGUUCUGAAGCCCACUGCCGUGCUGGGUGUGAUUUGGAACAUUGAGGAAUACAACAAGCCGCAACACUGGAAGGCUAGUACGCCCUGGGAAAAUGCUCUUAACGAGCUCGUCUUCAGCCUCGGCUCCGACGGCCAGUCGCGCUUUCGUGACUUCGUCUGGAAGGACGUGUUCGACAACCAGCUCGACUCGAACCCGCUGCGCGCCGUCAAGGACGUCAUUAUGGAGGGCGGGCGCAAAAUGCCGCUGUUUUCGGUGCCCUUGGGCGAGGAAAAGGUUCCCUUCACAGUCUGGCUGACUCCAGAGGCCCUGUGGAACCGGCUGCGGACGCUGAGCCAGAUCGCCAUACUAGAAGGGGACGCAGCGAGGGUGUUCAAGGAGAAGUUCGAUGCUAUUGUGACGGGGGAGAGCGUAGAGAGGAAUGAGAAGGGCGAAGUUUUGUUGCACGGGGUUACGUAUCUGGCGUGGACCUCGAGGCUGUAG